AUGAUGGAGGAGAGAGAGGAGAGCGUCCCGGUCAAACGGUGAGAGAGAGACUCUUUUAAAGACUGAAAACUGCUUUUAUUCUGAAAUGUUAAUGAGCGUGAACUUUUCCACAGGAGACCCACUGACACAGAAAAUAUAAGAGCGGAAAUAACUGACAGAUCUGAUCCCGGAGCAGGGCUCGGAUCCGGGGCUUCAGUCUGGGUUUAAUGGUCUCUCUCUCUGUGGUCGCUGGGCUCUGACUGGUCUCUGACUGGUUUUAAUGGUUUUCUGACUGGUUUUCUGACUGGUCUCUGCAGCUGGUUCCAGUUCAGCCUCUGUGUGAACACUCUGUGACUUGAACAGGUCUGGUCCUUGGGGGUUUAGGGGGUCCUCACUCAGAAGUGGACUCGGUUUUUGUCGUAUUUGGGGUCAUAGUCUGGGUUCCUGGUCGGACCAGUUUUCGGUUCUUCUUCUUCUCCGGUUUUUCUUCAUGAAUCAUUUGUAGUUUCUGCUCUGAGCUGUAAAUCCUGUUAUUAUUAUUAUUAUUAUUAUUAUUAUUAUUAUAAUUAUGACGUUAACAUGAUGCAGGUUCAGAUCUCCUGUUUCUUUGAAUUUCUCUCUCUUUGUUUCUCUGUUAAUCUGGAUUAUUCCUUCAUGGAUUAUUAAAGGAACGUCUGAUCUUAAUGAAGUUUGAGGUGAUGGUUCAAAUAAUUCAGGAUCUUAUAAUCUCAUUUUAGUCCCAGUUUACUGACCAGCAUAGAAAUACAUGUGGAGUCUUACAGUUUGCAUCAAAACAUCCAAAUUCAGCUUUAAACAUCUGCUUUUUCAGAGUACGGUGGCCAAUGAGGGUCAAAUCUAUCAGUGAAUUUGAUCCUUUUUUUAGGUUUUGUCUGUUUGUCGGCGUCUCUCCUGCUGUUUUAACGUCCAUGAUAUAUCUGAGAAAUAGAAAUAACCGAGGGAGAGAGAGAGAGAGAGAGGAAUGACAGCAGGUGAUCCGUCUGCACCCAGAACCUGAGGGGACCCGGGGGUCCGCCUGACAUAACCAGACCUGCUGAACAAACAAGGCGAGGAGCUCAAACCGAGCGGCACGCCUCACUACAGGAAGGUGAAUUUAGGUCAGAGAGAGCGAGAGAGAGAGGGCGAGAGAGAGAGAGAGGGAGAGAGAGAGAGGGCGAGAGAGAGAGAGAGAGAGGGAGAGAGAGAGAGAGAGAGAGAGAGAAAGAGAGAGAGCGAUGACUGCAGAAGGAGGAAGGAAAUGUGAGGGAAGAGGAAUAAUGUAAAUGUCUGUUUGUGUUUUAAUAACGUUCUUAACGACCACGACGUCACAUCUGAGAGUUCAGAUGAGAAGCAGCUCUCUGUGGUUCUGACCGGGUCUCUUUAUUGGACUGUAUCAGACGGAUCAGUGAACCCUCAGAGCUGAAAGUGUUUUUUAUUAAGUGGAGCAGAACCCGGAGAACACAAACAGCUCCAGUCCUCAUUCCUCUGGUCUUUGGAUGAGGCUGCAGAACUUUUGUGGGACAGGAUGUGGGUUUGUUCGCUCCGAAGUGGGUCAUGAUUCAGUCCAGAAUAUUUUGGCCUCUGUGUGGUCCAAAAGCCAAGUUUGACAUUCUUUGUGUGUGUGUGUGUGUGGGCUGCAUGUCGUCUCUCUCACACACACACACACACACACUCUCUCUCUCUCUCUCUCUCUCUGUUUGGUGAACAGUUUGUUCUCUCCUUUCAGGGUCAGUUGUUGUUGUUCUCAGAGACUCGGCACAUGAGCAGCUUCAUCUGUUCCUCACAACUUCACUCCUUCUUUGGCUUCAGCUUCCCUCCCUUCAUUCCUUCCUUCCUUCCUUCCUUCCUUCCUUCCUUCCUCCUUUCCUUCCUCCCUCCCUUCCUCCUUCCCUUCCUCCCUUCUUCUUUCCUCCUUGUCUUUCUUGCAACAUGUUUUUGUCUUUCUCCUUUUUUUUACUCUCCUGGUAUUUCAGAUCUCUCUCUCUCUCUCUCCCUCUCUCUCUCUCUCUCUCUCUCUCUCUCUCUCUCUCUCUCCCUCUCUCUCUUUCUCUAUUAACAGUAGAGGACAUGAUGUUCUCUCUGGGCACGUUGCUUACACACACACACACACACACACACCUCUUCCAUAGUGUGUUUGUGUGUUAGUGAAGCUGUGGGUGUGUCUGAAUGCCUUCCUCUGUGUGUGUGUUUGUGUGUGUUUGUGUGUGUUUAUAUUUUUAUUCAGUAACUACAGUUCCUUUGCCAACAAACACACACAGACUGGGGUGUGUAAAUCUAGUGUCCUACACACACUGUAACACACACACAAACCAAAACACACACAGAGAAACACACACAGAUUGAGCAACAUGAGCCGGUGCACAGAGUGCAGCAGAGCUCCUGAGGACACAGUGUUCUCUGACGCUCCACCUCCCACACACACACACACACACACACACACACACACACACACACACACACACACAGCUGCUGUAGUACAGUUUGUUUUGGCUGCAGUUUCCCUCACGUUCACUGGGUCACAGUAAAUCUGGAGUUUUCUUUGGAGGAACAUUUUUGUCUUCAGAGGAUUAGAGAGAAAAAAAAGAGGAGUAAGUGAUUUAUUUAAAAACACUGUGUGUCUUAUUCUUGUUGUUCGCUGACGCAUGAAUGUUCCUUUAACUCAACAACAGACUGAGAGUCAUGAAAACAGAACUUUAGAUUCAGAUCAACAACCAAAAAAUGUUCCUAAAUACUGAUAAAGAGACGUCAGCUGGUGGAGCAUUUCUGCUUUAUUGCAGCAGACACCACCUAGUGGCCAACAGCUGAACUGCAGCUGAGACAUGGAAGUUCAUUUAAAAAUGAUAAAAACGUCAAAAAGGUGACGGAGCAACGGGUGCUGAUGAGUGAGGAGGAUGAACCACGAUAACCAACGACAAUUUUAACUUAUUGGCCUCAUAUCGGCGUCUAUAUCAACAUCAUAACAGCGUCAUAUUGGCGUCAUAUCGGCAUCAUAACAGCGUCGUAUCAGAGUCAUAUCGGCGUCAUAUCAGCGUCAUAUCGGCGUCAUAUCGGCGUCAUGUCGGCGUCAUAACAGCGUCAUAUCGGCGUCAUGUCGGCGUCAUAACAGCGUCAUAUCGGCGUCAUGUCGGCGUCAUAAUAGCGUCAUAACGGCGUCAUAACAGCGUCAUAUCGGCGUCAUAUCAGCGUCAUGUCGGCGUCAUAACAGCGUCAUAUCGGCGUCAUAUCGGCGUCAUAUCGGCGUCAUAUCGGCGUCAUAACAGCGUCAUAUCAGCGUCAUAUCAGCGUCAUAUCGGCGUCAUAUCGGCGUCAUGUCGGCGUCAUGUCGGCAUCAUAACAGCGUCAUAACAGCGUCAUAACAGCGUCAUAUCGGUCUCAUAUUGGCGUCAUAUCAGCGUCAUAUCGGCAUCAUAUCAGCGUCAUAUCAGCGUCAUAUCAGCAUCAUAUCGGCGUCAUAACAGCGUCAUAACAGCGUCAUAUCGGUCUCAUAUUGGCGUCAUAUCGGCAUCAUAUCGGCGUCAUAUCGGCGUCAUGUCGGCGUCAUAACAGCGUCAUAUCGGCGUCAUAUCGCCGUCAUAUCGGCAUCAUAUCGGCGUCAUAUCGGCAUCAUAUCGGCGUCAUAUCGGCGUCAUAACAGCGUCAUAUCGGUCUCAUAUCGGUCUCAUAUUGGCGUCAUAUCAGCGUCAUAUCGGCCUCAUGUCGGCGUCAUAACAGCGUCAUAUCGGCGUCAUAUCGGUCUCAUAUUGGCGUCAUAUCAGCGUCAUAUCGGCCUCAUGUCGGCGUCAUAACAGCGUCAUAUCGGUCUCAUAUCGGCGUCAUGUCGGCGUCAUAUCGGCGUCAUAUCGGCGCACACACGACCUUUACAUCAACUAUUUGUAGAGACUUGAUUCACACUCUGUCAGGACAGGAGGACACGUGACGUUCUGGAGGUCUGAGAAGACCAGACUGCAGUCCUGCUGCAGGUCUGAACACUGAUUCAGGUCCAGGUCUGAACACUGAUUCAGGUCCAGGUCUGAACACUGACUCAGGUCCAGGUCCAGGUCUGACAAGCAGCAGGACCUUCAACAACCAUCAGCUGGAGGACAGUGAAGAUCUCAGAUGUCCUCCUGACCCAGCUGUGAUCUGAGUCCUGAACCUGCAGUCUUUAGUGGUCUUCAGUGGUCCUGCAGGGCUCUGGGGACCUGGGUCAUGGUGGAUUUGGACUCAUGUUUUCUGACUCACCCUGAAUGACCCGAGGGAGGUCCAGUUCUCCAGAACACUAAGUCCUCUUCUCAUGUUGGACUCUGUCCUUCAUUGUUCCUCCCAGGAUUAGUCUGAUCCUGAUCCCGCCCUGAAGGAGGCGGGACCGUGGAGGAGGACCAUAGGGGGGGGGGGGGGGUCUGGACGCCGUCCCAGGACCGUCCAGAUAAAUAAAAUUCUGUUCCUCUCAGUUUGGGACAUUUUUGCUCCCAGUUCUGUCUUUAGACCCGGACUCUGCUGGACUCUGCUGGAUUCUGCUGGACUCUGCUGGACUCUGCUGGACUCCUGAAAGUCUUUUUGGAUCAGGGUCAUUAUCCAGGUUUUUACUCCAAACAAGGAGUCCAAAAAUACGGGUCUGAGAGAGCAGGAGGAGAACCAGACCGAGGAUCCAAAAGUCAGAACCCUGAGUCAGCAAAACACCUCAGAGGUCAGCAGAGAAUCCAGGACCUGGAGAACCGGGUUCUUAUAAAACUGGACCUGAUUGUAGAUGAGAGACACCUGAGGAACCAUGUGGAUCAGAACCAGGAAGAGGUGGGCGGGGCAGGAGAGGAUAGGCCACGCCUACAAUCACCCAGACAGACAGACAGACAGACAGACACAGACUCUCUCUCUGUCCUUUCCUGUCCUCUAACCUCCUUCUGUCCUUCCCUGUCCUCUAACCUCCUUCUGUCCUUUCCUGUCCUCUAACCUCCUUCUGUUUUUCACCCCCCCCCCCCCAGGACCUGUUCGGAGCAGAGGAAGCUGCGUUCUCGUGAUGCGGCGCGAUGUAGGCGGAGCAAAGAGACGGAGGUGUUUUAUGAGCUCGCCCGCACUCUGCCCCUCCCCCGCAGAGUCUCCACCCACCUGGACAAAGCCGCCAUCAUGAGAGUGUCCCUCAGCUUCCUGUCGCUGCGGCGCCUCCUGCGACCCGGUGAGAAACAGCGGAUCAGCUGUCAGACCCUUUUCUUUGUAGUCAGCGUGUUCUGGAGGCUCGGUUCUGGAGCCCGACUGCUGGGCAGUUUAUGGUUAAAGUUCUGGAAUGUUCCUCCUCAUCAGAACUCCAGGGUUCCCCGUCCUCUAAGUUCUAAGGUCAGAGAGGCGGUCCUGAUCAGAGAGUCACUAAACCAGAACCUGAGCAGAUUUCAACUGGACCUCAGCUGAGUUCUGUUGAGGUCCACUCAGAGUUCCUGAGGGACCCUGAAGUAGCUUCAGAUUUUAAUGCAGAUCUUUCUGUGUGGACGUUCAAACCGCAGGUGACGACCGGAAAAAGGAGUCUGACGAAGACGAGGAGGAGCAGGAGGAGGAGGAGGAGGAUCCCAUGGACACCUUCUACCCUCAGGUGUUGGCCGGAUUCACCAUGGUGAUGUCAGAGGAAGGAGACAUCAUCUACCUGACCGACAACGUCAGCAAACACAUCGGCAUCACGCAGGUGGGAGGAGCACAGGACGACCACCACAGCAGCAACAAUAAUGAUGAUAAUGAUGAAGAUGAUAAUGAGAUUUAAAAUACUUAAAAUAAUAAUAAUAAUUAUGAUAAUGAUGAUAAUAAUGAUAAUAAUAAUAAUGAGGAUGAUAAUGAGAUUUAAAAUACUUAAAAUAAUAAUAAUAAUUAUGAUAAUGAUAAUAAUAAUAAUUAUGAUAAUAAUGAGGAUGAUAAUGAGAUUUAAAAUACUUAAAAUAAUAAUUAUGAUAAUGAUAAUAAUAAUAAUUAUGAUAAUAAUAAUAAUUAUGAUAAUGAUAAUAUAAUAAUAAUGAUAAUAAUGAAGAUGAUAAUUAGAAUUAAAAUACUUAAAAUAAUAAUAAUAAUUAUGAUAAUGAUAACAAUAAUAACAAUAAUAAUAAUGAUAAUAAUGAGGAUGAUAAUGAGAUUUAAAAUACUUAAAAUAAUAAUAACAAUAAUAAUAAUAAUGAUAAUAUAAUAAUAAUAAUAAUAAUAAUAAUAAUAAUAUUUCUAUUAUUAUUAUUAUUAUUAUUAUUAUUAAUAAUAAUAAUGAUAAUAUAAUAAUAAUAAUAAUAAUAGAAUUAUUAUUAUUAUUAUUAUUAAUAAUAAUAAUAAUAAUAAUAAUAAUAAUAAUAAUAGAAAUAUUAUUAUUAUUAAUAAUAAUAAUAAUGAUAAUAAUAAUAAUAAUAAUAAUAAUAAUGAUAAUAAUAAUAAUAAUAAUAAUAAUAAUAAUAAUAAUAAUAAUAAUAAUAAUAAUAAUAAUAAUAAUAAUAAUAAUAAUAAUAAUAAUAAUAAUAGAAAUAUUAUUAUUAAUAAUAAUAAUAAUAAUGAUAAUGAAUAAACCUUUGAGGAGCUGCUGACAGUCUUGUUGUUGGUUCUUUCCAGCUGGAGCUCCUGGGUCAGAGCAUCUUUGACUUUGUUCACCCCUGUGACCAGGAGGAGCUCAGAGACCUGCUGGCUCCACGUCCAGGUCAGACUCACUCUAUGACCAUUGUAAUCCUGCAGACAUCGUCUGAGCUGUGAUAACGCUGAACCAACACACUAAAAGGUUUUAGGUUCGCUCUGGAGGACUGACUUUGUCUCUCCGGCUCCAGGUCUGAGUAAGAAACCAGCAGUUGAUCCGUCCAGUGAGAGGAACUUCUUCCUGAGGGUGAAGAGCACUCUGACCAGCAGGGGGCGCACCGUCAACAUCAAGUCUGCUGACUGGAAGGUUCAGUAUCACACCCUCUGUAAAUAAACAUACAAACACACACACACACACACACACACGAACUUCAUCUUUGCCCUAGAUGCUCUGAGAACACACGCACACACACACGCGCACGCACACACACACACAAACUUCCUCUCUGGGCUAAAUUGUUAAACACAUGUACACGUAGCUCUAUUUGGCCAGCUCAGAGAAAAUACUCUUACACACACACACACACACACACACACACACACACACACACACACACACACACACACACACACACACACACACACACACACACACACACACACACACACUCUGAAGGCUACUGUCCAGCCUGACACAGAUACGUGGAGGUCAGACUUCUUGGCAGUUCUCCUUGUUCUCUUCUCUCUGCCCAGUGUGCUUAAAUCACGUGUUUGUUUACAAGGAGACACAAGUGUGCACGCACACACACACUCACACACACACACACGUGCACACACACAGAGUUGCUGAUAUGUUCCCUUCGGUGUCCAGCAGAGUGACUCCCUGGCUGUUAAAGAGGUCAGGUUUUGCAGAAGUCUCUGGGAUAAUGACCCACUUUCACUUAAUGUCUCUCCUCAGUUCUGGGUCCUGGUUCAGGUUUUGGUUCCUGUCUCAGAUUUUAUUUCAUAUUAAAAUCAGGAAGCUCCAAAAUAAGGUCAAAACCCUAAAGCAGCAGCAGGAGUCCACAUGUCCAGGAGGAGUUCUGGUACCGUGUAUUUACUGAAGCCCAUCAGGUUACAAACUCCAGAUGUAAAUUAAUAACUUUAUAUUUCAGAACAGCAGAGACAGAGUCCAGGACGGGUCCACAAGAUCACAGUUCAUGUGUGAGAAAACUGCGGAGGCCAAAUAGCGAAUCACGCCCACAUAUUUUGGCUCCGCCCCAAAUUAAGAGUGUUUUGGACGGAGGUUUUCGACACCUGAAGGAGGAUUUUAAAAAGAAUAUUAAUGUAAUACCUGAAGGUUUGGACUUCAACAUCUUACUGAGUCCAGAACCAUCAGAACCUCCUCCUGUAACAUCUGGACUCGAACCGUCUGGGAUAUUUAUCAAACGGAUCAGAUUUUCACUCAAGCUUCAGAGGACCUCCUUUAACGACAGACGAGAACCUUUUUAUUCAUGUAAUAACAGUUUAUGUUCACGCUGUGAGAACUUCCUGUCACAUCCAAACACUGUCCUCCCGCCUCUGACUGAACCCGGGUCUUUAAAUCUGUACUUCAGAGCAGACAGGGUUUAAUUAAGAGGAUGAUUAUUAUGAUUGUUGGAGAACAGCUGAAAAAAGGAACAGAAAUGAACGGAGACGUUUAAACUGAAUUAAGACAUUGAUCACAGAGCCAAUAACCGUCUGAUCGGUUUGAAGGUGAUCAGCUGUUUCCUCCUCAGACCGCUCUCCCCCAGGUCAAAGGUCAGACGGACCUCUAAAACCCCCUCGUGUCUCUGCAGGUCCUUCACUGCACGGGUCACAUGCGUCCGUUCAGCCACAGCUCCAUGUCGCCCCCUACAGCCCGGGUCAUGACGCUGCUGUGUGAGCCCAUCCCUCACCCGUCCAGCGUGGAGUUCCUUCUGGACACACACACUUUCCUCACUCGCCACAGCAUGGACCUGCGCUUCACACACUGCGAGGGCAGGUAAGAGGAACACCUGAGACCUCUGACCUCUGACCUCUGACCUCCGUGGAGGUUAAAGAGGAGAGCUUUGUCUCCUCCUGAAAAAAGAAGUGGGUCUGUGGGUCUGUGGGUCUGAUCCGUCCCUCAUUGGUCCUCCGUCUGUUUCCAGGGUGAUGGAGUUGGUUGGAUACAAACCUGACGAUCUGAUUGGCUGUUCAGCUUACGAGUUUCAUCACGCACUCGACUCCGACCACGUCAACAAGAGUCUGCACACGCGUGAGUGCUUGAUGUUUGUCGUCUGUAGUUGUCAGUAGUUAAGCCCCGCCCCCCGAUGUUAACGUCUCUGUUUUCUCCGCCCUCCUGCUCACCUGCAGUGCUGUCCAAAGGUCAGGUGAGCACCAGUUGUUACCGUUUCCUGGCGAACGGCGGCGGCUUCGUCUGGGCGCAGACUCAGGCCACCGUCCUCUACAACAGUAAGACGUCUCAGCCCGAGGCCGUGGUCUGUCUCAACUUCGUCCUCAGGUACUUGAAAAUGUGAGCGGACCAAAGAUGGAGGGAACUCUUCUUCUUCUUCUUCUGUGGUUUGAUCUCUCCUGUCGUCCCUCCGCAGCGGCGUGGAGCAGCCUGAUGUGGUUUUCUCCGUGGAGCAGAUUCGCAGCAGCAGGUCAUCUGCAGGUCAAACUCUGUCACCAGAGGGCGCUGAGACCCCAGACCUCGGUGACCUGGACUGUGAGCGUCUUUCCGGCCCAGAGGACACCGGUUCACCUCCCAGCAGACUUCCAGAGCUCUUCUCCAGACUGAACGGGGAGCCAGAGGCCCUUCUUCAGUUGGCGCCUGCAGCCGGGGACGCCAUCGUGCCGCUGACAGGAGGAGGUGAGACACAGACACGCUUCAGGUGUUUUCAGGGAUGCAGGUUUCUUUAAAGGUUCUCUGAGGUGCCGUUGGCCCGGCGGUUCUUGAACGGUUUUUGAAAACAUCUCGCUGUUCCUCAAAGAGACACCUGACAAUCAAUCUCCACUCAGUUUCCUGUUCCUCAGAACCACUGGCAUGUGAAAAGUUAGAAUCAGGAGGUUCUUCAGAAGGUUCUUUAGAAGGUUCUUCAGAAGGUUCUUUAGAAGGUUCUUUAGGAGGUUCUUCAGAAGGUUCUUUAAGAGGUUCUUUAGGAGGUUCUUCAGGAGGUUCUUUAGGAGGUUCUUCAGAAGGUUCUUCAGGAGGUUCUUUAGAAGGUUCUUCAGAAGGUUCUUUAGAAGGUUCUUCAGAAGGUUCUUUAGAAGGUUCUUCAGAAGGUUCUUUAGGAGGUUCUUCAGGAGGUUCUUUAGAAGGUUCUUCACAAGAUUCUUUAGGAGGUUCUUCAGGAGGUUCUUCAGAAGGUUCUUUAGGAGGUUCUUCAGGAGGUUCUUCAGAAGGUUCUUUAGGAGGUUCUUUAGAAGGUUCUUCAGAAGGUUCUUUAGGAGGUUCUUUAGGAGGUUCUUCAGGAGGUUCUUUAGAAGGUUCUUUAGAAGGUUCUUCAGGAGGUUCUUCAGGAGGUUCUUCAGAAGGUUCUUUAGGAGGUUCUGUAGGAGGUUCUUCAGAAGGUUCUUCACAAGAUUAUUUAGGAGGUUCUUCAGAAGGUUCUUUAGGAGGUUCUUCAGGAGGUUCUUCAGAAGGCUUUUGCUGAAUUUCUUCUCAGCUGUCCAACCCAGAUUUAUCUCUGUGCUCUCCGUUUGUCAGAACGUGUGGAGCUGACCUUCUGCAGUCCACCCAGUCCAAACUUGGUGCCAGAACGUCCUCAGGAUCUGUGCAGCCCACAGCUGAGACAGCUCCUGUCUCCGAUCUUCGAUUCCACCACUUCCUCUCCAUCUUCACCGUCGUCAUCGCUGUCAUCUCCAGCAGCACCUUCACCUGGACCACAGCAGGUAACUAUGAUUCUGAAAAACAGGUGAAGUCCAUGUUUACCUUCUCACCUGACUGUGGUUGCUCCUCUUCUGUACAUCUCAACGGUGUUGUUUCUCUUGUUUCUCCUCAGGUCUGCAGAGAAGAUGAAAAGAUGGACACCAGCGAGGUGGAGAAGUUCUUUGCUGUUUGUUCAGAAGAUGAUCAGAGAAGAGACGACAUCCGGGAGGUAAGAGAGAAAGACUGAGAGCUGGUCAGAGUUUACGUCUGAGGAACAUCAUGUAAAAGUUGGUUUGGUCAGAGAUGGUCAGAGAUGUUCUCAGCUGUUUCUGGUCUUUCUUCUCUGCCCCCCCUUCUCUGAACAUUCAGGAGAUGGAUCUGGACAUGUUGGCUCCUUACAUCUCCAUGGACGAUGAUUUCCAGCUGACCGUCCUCAGCAACAGUCUGUCAGAAGAAGCUGAAGAACCUUCAUCUAAACCGCCUGCCGUGAUGUCUUCAGUGUCUGAGGGGAGAAAACGGUACGAGGGGUUCAUCUGCAGACUCAUGUUUGAGGGACAGUCAGGAGAAACACCUCUGAGACCUGAGAGACGAUGAGACCAGAUGAGAGGACAGUAAACCUGCAGAGAUGUUAGAGAAGAACAUCUCAGACCUCAGAGAGUCACCCUGGUCUGAGAGAAGACUGUUCAGAUCUAUAAACUUUAUAUCUAUAACCCAGAGGAGAAAUCCUCAGCAGGAGACAAAUCCACUGAGUUAAAUAAAGGGUUAAAUUAUCGUGUAAACACGAUUAUUCCGUUUCAAUAUUUUGACGAGUUUAAUCCUCGUCCAAGUCUGAAAAAUCUCAUCAUCAGUGAUCUCCAGAUGAGGAGUGAAGCUAGAGUCUGAGAACUUUCUACUAUCAUGACUGUAGAUCCUCCUCACUGUAGAUCCUCCUCCUCCUCCUGACUGUAGAUCCUCCUCCUCCUCCUGACUGUAGAUCCUCCUGACUGUAGAUCCUCCUGACUGUAGAUCCUCUUCCUCCUCCUGACUGUAGAUCCUCCUCACUGUAGAUCCUCCUCCUCCUCCUGACUGUAGAUCCUCCUGACUGUAGAUCCUCCUGACUGUAGAUCCUCCUCCUCCUCCUGACUGUAGAUCUCCUCCUCCUCCUGACUGUAGAUCCUCCUCCUCCUGACUGUAGAUCCUCCUGACUGUAGAUCCUCCUCCUCCUGACUGUAGAUCCUCCUGACUGUAGAUCCUCCUGACUGUAGAUCCUCCUCCUCCUCCUGACUGUAGAUCCUCCUCACUGUAGAUCCUCCUCCUCCUCCUGACUGUAGAUCCACCUCCUCCUCCUGACUGUAGAUCCUCCUCCUCCUACUGACUGUAGAUCCUCCUGACUGUAGAUCCUCCUCCUCCUCCUGACUGUAGAUCCUCCUCCUCCUCCUGACUGUAGAUCCUCCUCCUCCUGACUAAAGGAGGACUCUGUGAUUUCACGUUAACUCUUCUUCUUCUUCUUCUUCUUCUACUUAAUCCUGAAAUCCACAAAAAUACCAUCUAGUAGUUGAGGAACGAGGAGCAGAGGACACUCUUUUCAGUCCUGUGUUUGUCCUGAAGGGGGCGCCACAGGACAGACUCUGUUGUUGCUGAAUGAGGAGCGUUUCUCCUGCUGAGCUCUAACCUGAGCUUCAUACUGACUCAGCUGCUAAAAUGAAUUAAAACAGAUUAAAUUAAAACCUGAAAACCAUUUUAAUGUCCUUUUUUUUUCUUUCAGGACCCACGACCCUGAUGAGGAGAUGAUUCAGAACAAGAGACAGAAACAUGGAGCUUCAAUAGAAGAGCAGCUUCUCCUCAGCCACAGACUGCUGGUGAGGAAGAGGAGGAGGAGGAGGAGGAGGAGAUUAUAUAGAUAUAUCUAUAGAUAGAUGUACCGUGUAUUUAUCUUUGUUUCUCUGUGACUUCAGCCUCAUCAGUAAACUGAAGUUUUUUUCGUCACUCUAAUAUUCUGGCGCUCGGCGUCUCGUGAUCUUCUCUCUGUGUUCCUCUCUGAUCAUUUUCUCCCUCCAAUCCCAGGACUGUCUGGGGGAAAUGGACCAAUCAGAUCUGGCCCUGUUGUCUGGGUCAGGUAGGCGGAGUCAGAUGCUCUCAGACAGAGACCCUCUGUUGGGAGGCGUUCAUGGACUCUGCGAUACUGCAGGUAAGAUGAUGAUGAUGAUGUUCUGACGGGUCUCAUGUCAGUGUCUGAUCAGUGUGGAGGCCGUCUGUCUGUGUUUGGUUCUGUUAUGGCGUUCUAUUAUUAUCAGGGGCUGACCCGACGCCGCGAACAGCAGGCAAGGAAUUAUUAUUAUUAUUAUUGUUUUUAAUAAUAAUAAUAUUAUUAUUAUUAUUAUCAUUAUUAUUAUUAUUAUUAUUAUCAUUAUUAUUAUUAUUAUCAUUAUUAUUAUUAUUAUUAUUGUUGUUAUUAUUAGUAUUUAUUGUUAUUAUUAUUAGUAUUUAUUGAUGUUAUUGUUGUUGUUAUUGUUGUUAUUAUUAUUAUUAUUUAUUGUUGUUGUUGUUAUUAUUAUUAUUAUUUAUUGUUGUUGUUAUUAUUAUUGUUAUUUAUUGUUGUUAUUAUUGUUUAUUAUUGUUGUUAUUAUUAUUAUUAUCAUUAUUAUUAUUAUUAUUAUUAUCAUUAUUAUUAUUAUCAUUAUUAUUUUUAAUAAUAAUAUUUUUAUUAUCAUUAUUAUUAUUAUUAUUAUUAUCAUUAUUAUUAUUAUCAUUAUUAUUUUUAAUAAUAAUAUUUUUAUUAUUAUUAUUAUUGUUAUUAUUAUUAUUAUUAUUAUUAUUAUUAUUUAUUGUUGUUGUUGUUAUUAUUAUUAUUGUUAUUAUUAUUAUUAUUAUUAUUUAUUGUUGUUGUUGUUAUUAUUAUUGUUAUUUAUUGUUGUUAUUAUGAAGUCAAAGGUCUUAAAGUGCAGAGCUGAUCCUCGGUCUGUUUCAGGAUCUGUUAAUUUUAGAGUUUAUUGUGUUUUUGUGAAAAUAUUAAAAUGUUUUUUUUGUUUCUCCUUUGACCCUCUCUGACCCCGCCCCCCCCCCAGCUCUGAUGGCGGACUCGUUCUCACAGCGUCUGUCUGACCUCUGUCUGCCGCCGCCUCUCUCAGCGAUGACCUGA